AUGGCGUAUGCAUGUGCAUCACGAGUGCUGUGCGUGCCGGCCAUCGCAUCUGGCCAGCACCGGCAGCAGCAGCCAGGUGCUUUGAGCGUCCUUCGUUCCCGGGGCAUAUCUGCUGGCUGCAAUCGCGAUCCGGGCGGGUGUAACGCCCCCGAGGGAUGGGCGCCAGAAGUGAGUGAGAACACCGUUCGCAUAAGGCCGCCGAAGUCUCCGCUGCUGCUGCUGCUCGCAGCCAUAGGAUAUGAGGCCGAGCCUGUCGUCGUCGGCCGCCUGAUCCAUUCCUUCGAGGAGGAGGAGGAGGAGGAUUCACCUCGGUCUCGCGUCCAGCGGCCAGCCCAGCCCAGCCGCCCGGCUUUCGAGCUGCCCUGGGAUUCGCAGGAGCGAUGCUCGAUCUGCCGCGCUGCCGAGCGAGCGAGCAUGGGAUCGGGCCGCGACUUCUUGCCCCGCUGCUACGUAUUGUAUCUCACGGCCGGCCUGACAUACGCCCUCGGCAGAUUCGCCGCCGCCGCCGCUGUUCUGCCUGCACAGACCGCGGCGCCGGCCAUCACCCCACGCCAGCCAGCCGUUGCCCGGCUCCGCACCGAGCCCUUCUCUGCCUGCGAGGAGUUCCCCCGAAAGCAGCGGCCAGAUUUGUCCAACGUCGCUUUGAAGAAGAGAGCAGAAGCGCAGCAGCAGGAUCUGGACGCGUGCGACCAGAAGAGCCACCGCACCCAGGCGGCGCCAGCAAGCAUGACGACACCCAAACACGCACCUCCACUGUAA